CUCUGCCGGCUACUAACAAGCAUGUGAGAAACCUGGUGCACAGACAUAUAUAUACACAUGGCCUCACCCCUUCCAGAACAACAUCCCACAGCAAUCCUCACACUUCGACUUCACUUGCCUCAUCCAUCAUGAGCGCUCACAUCGACGAAAAGAUCUACGACGAAAAGGAGCAGGUUGCUCACCUAGCGGUCGGCGAACUCCCUAAAGACGCUGUGCCAGGUCUGCCCAAUGUCACCUGGGCGGAAUUGAAGGAGGAAGCCGAGCGAGCCGAAGAGUACGAGCACUCUCUCACAGUCUGGCAGUCCAUCAAAACCUACAAGGCUGCUGUCGGAUGGGCUGCCGCUGCCUCCCUAUCUAUCGUCAUGGAGGGUUACGACACUGCGUUGCUUGGAUCCUUCUGGGGUCUGCCCGCAUUCAGAGAACACUAUGGAGAGUGGCUUCCGGAUAAGCAGGAAUACCAGGUCCCUGCGCCGUGGCAGAUUGGUAUCGGUCAGGCAUCCACCGUUGGUAACUUUUUGGGUAUCUUCUGGGGAUCUUUCUUGAUCGACCGAUUCGGUUACCGAAAGUCCCUCCUCCUCAACCUCUUCCUCAUGAUCCCCUUCAUCGGCAUCGUCACCUUCGCACCCAGCAAAGUCGUCCUUCUUGUCGGAGAGUUCCUCUGUGGUAUUCCCUGGGGUGUAUUCUCCACUUUGGCUGAGGCUUACUCGUCCGAAGUCUGCCCUCUUACUCUUCGUGGAUAUUUGACAACUUACGUCAACCUCUGUUGGGUUAUCGGUCAAUUCAUCUCUGCCGGUGUCUUGGUCGGAAUUCAGGGAAUGACUGGCCGAUGGUCUUACCGACUCCCAUUCGCCAUCCAAUGGGCCUGGCCUGUUCCCCUCCUCAUCCUCAUCUACCUCUCUCCCGAGUCUCCUUGGUGGCUCGUCCGACACGGCAGACUCGACGAGGCUGAGACUUCUGUCCGACGACUUGCCAGUGCCGACAUGCGAGACCGUGCCCGAAACACCGUCGCCAUGAUGGUCCGAACCAACCAACUCGAAGUCGAUGUGUCUGAGGGAACCCGAUACAUUGACUGCUUCCGAGGAACCGAUCUCCGACGUACUGAGAUCUCUACCGUUGCCUGGGCCUGCCAACAGCUCUGUGGUCUUCCUUUCGCCGGUUGGGCUGUCUACUUCUUCCAGCAGGCUGGUGUUUCCAACAAAAUGUCCUACAACCUCGGAUUGAUCAACACUGCCGGAGCUUUCUGCGGUACAGUUGGAUCCUGGUUUUUGAUUACCAAGUUCGGUCGACGAUCUCUCUUCUUGGCUGGAAUGUCAUGGCUCGCUGCUGGUCAAUUGCUCAUUGGUAUCCUCUCCAUUGUUGCCGACAAGACUGGUGCAACCGGUGCCAAGUAUGGUCAAGCUGCCGUGAUGCUCAUCUGGGUCUUCUCUUACGAUUUCACCAUCGGACCUCUCGCUUACUGCAUUGUCGGUGAGGCCUCCUCCACUCGACUCCGAAACAAGACUGUCGGUCUCUCACGAAACGCGUACAACAUCCUUGGAGUCAUUGCCGGAAUCAUCACCCCUUACAUGCUUAACCCUGGACAGUGGAACUGGGCAGGAAAGACUGGUUUCUUCUGGGCUCCCAUUGCCACCUCCAUGGUUGUGUGGACCUACUUCCGAUUGCCCGAGUUCAAGGGCCGAUCUUACUACGAGCUUGAUGUCUUGUUCGAGCGACGUGUCAAGGCCAAGGACUUCUCCACCACCUUCAUUGAGCAGAACGCUGAUGAACACAUCACCGGAAACCAACACCGACGUGGCUCGGCUGCCCCUUAGACAUGCUUUUUUGUUGAUAGUAUCUUGAUAGUCAUGGUUUAGUGGGAUGCAUUGUUAUGGCAUAUA